AUGAGAGAUGAAUCGGUCGUUCUGGAGCAGCUUUUUGUUGACACGUUUACUCAGUCAGGUGACGUCACUCGCAAUCUCGGGACGUUCGACGGCAAACACGGCUACUUUGACUUCGACGACGACACCUUACACGGUAGAAAACAGAAGUUUCAGAGUUCUUUCUCUCAGCUGCAAAAAAAUCACUAAAAAGCUACAUAAACUCAAAGAGGAAAAAGUGAAGUCGUGUUAAGCUGAAGAAAAAUGGAAAAUCUACUAUAACAAAAGAGAUGAUUUUGCUUUGGCGCUCUACAUUUUUAUAAAACUUGCUCAAAAACUUUUGGUGUAUUAUAUAAAGAUUCUCAUAGUAACGGCCUGCAGAACUUCUUAGCUUCUGCAGAUGAAGAAAAUCUAACAGCUACACCCAGGAUUUUUCCAAAGAAGUUUCAGAAAAAUUCAGAAUGUCGAACUGAAUUAAUCUGUCUCCUCUUUCUAUCUCAUAAUCAAAAUAGUCUCACGAGAAGUUUUAAAAAUCAAAUUUUUUCAGGUCUUCUUCGAAGUUUCCAAACUCUCCCUUUAACCUCUAUGAAAGGAAAUACUUUUCAUUUAGAGGCGCUUCAGGAAAACAAUGGUAAAUGUUUAUUAUUCACUAUUUCAUGAAGAGCCAACUAUUUUUUUGAUUUUUUACCAAACAAUGUGAAUAUAUUUAUGCGAGUUUUCAGAAUUCCCAACUCGUUAUUUGUUUAAAAAAAAGGUUGCCCUUUCUUCAUUCUACACGCUAAUUGUAUGCGAGGUACAGAAAAUGAUGUAAAUGAUGACGACUAUUUUUUAUCACGAAGGUGGUGUCUUUCACACGAUUAUCUUAUCUAUUAUGAACUCUUAGAUAUCGUUUUCCAGUCAUCUUCUUGGUCCAACGUCGUCGUUUCCACAUUUCCUUCUGGUCAUAAUAAAAGUCUAUCUUCGAUCAAUUUCGUUUGUUAGUUAAUUUUUUAGAGCAAUAAAGUUUUAGAUUUUGAAGGAGAUGAAUUUUCUGCCAAUUUUAUUGUUACUGCUUUUCUCAACUUCGACAGCCUACAAAAUCCUGGUUUUCUCUCCGGCGACGUCUCAUUCGCACAUGAUAUCAAACGGAAGAAUAGCUGACGAAUUGGCCGCAGCCGGCCAUGAAGUCGUGCGUUUUGAUCGAAAUUAGAAAAUAAACUGAAGUAUUCUAACAAGUUAUCGGAAUCUCAGAUCAUCCUUGAGCCUGACUUUCUCGGGAUCGUCGAAGGAUCUAAAACUGUGAAGCGCGCGAGACGAUGGCCUGUGCAUGGUCUCGACACGGCAGCUUUCAUAGAAGUCCAUCAAGGUUUAUUUUUGCGACUGCUAGAACCUUCCUGUGUUUCAGCCCACUCUCCCUCCCUCUUCAACGAAAAUUAUUGGUGGGACGGUCUUUUUAACAGCGACGACUACCAAGAUGCGUACACAGCACUUUGCGAAGGUGAGUGUUUCAAAGGACUUCACGGCUGAAUUCUCCGAAAACUCGAACAAGCUUCGUUUUCAGAAAUGAUCUUACGAACUGAUUUGAUGAAAGCUUUACAAGCGGAAAACUUUGAUGCAUAUUUUGGAGAGCAAAUAAAUCUUUGCGGGAUGGGACUGUCUGAAAUUCUAGGCAUUCGACAGCGGUUUUGGGUGGCAAGGUAAGAAAAGAGGCUGAGAGUGAUGUGUAUUAUCUUUAACGACUUCAAAAUUGAAAGAGCUCGAUGAAAAGUAGUUUCGAAAAAGCAACCAAAUCAAAUCUAGUUGCACGAUGGGCGUCGGUGUGAGGUACGUGAUGGGUCUUCCGACGCCGAUGAGCCAUCUGCCGCUUCUCUCGGAACUGGAUGAGCCAGCGUCGUUUUCUCAGAGAGCGCGAGCUCUUCUGCUGCAGCUCGUCGAGAUGUAUGCCACCAGGAGAGACAUCAACAUCUUGACCCAAAUGUUUCGCAAGCAUUAUGGGUUUUUGCAUUCAUCCUUCUUCGUUUUCACCGAGUUUUCAGGCCUUCGUUCCCUGACGUGGCCAAAAUCGCGAGAGACUCGGACUUCGUCUUCGUCGCCAGCGAAGAGCUUCUCGACUUCCCGGCGCCGACCAUGCCCAACAUUGUUCACAUCGGCGGUCUCGGGAUGGACGACCGUCAGUCCAGUCUCGACUCAGUACUUUCAUUGUCUUAUCCUAAGACUCACUUUAAGCUCCCAGACGACGGCUGGAGAAUUGGAGAAAGGAUCGAAAGGAGUCAUUUUCUUCUCCAUGGGAACGAUCGCCAACACGACCAUUUUACCCAAAGGGAUCAUGUCAAACUUCUUGAAAAUCACUUCCAACUUCCCCGACUACCAUUUUCUUGUGCGCAUCGAUAAAUACGAUCAGGUUUGAAAGAAGUUAUCGAAGUUUCCUCAUCAAAAUCAAGGCGACGAAAAAAGAAGCAGAAAAGUUCCCCAACGUCUACGUCUCGGAUUGGUUCCCGCAGAUUGCCGUUUUGUGUGAGUGUAUAUUAAAUUUGGAAGUUUUCUAAAUACUAAGUAUGUAUCUUCUAGAAAUGAAAGCAUUAGAAUUAUUCAUAAAACCUCUAAAAAUAAAAAAGGCUCACUUUAUCACAUUUAUAUUUUGCUCUUCCAUGACCACAGACUUACUCUUGACCUCAUCACGCCUCCUAAAUUGAUCGUGAAUUUUUGAGACCUUUAACCGUUAAAGCUCAAUAGCUGCACGUUAGGAAUUUCCAUCAUUCUCUAGUUUUUUUUAGAGUCGUUACUGGGAGUUUCAAAAAAAAAGUCUCAAUUAUUUUUUCUGCAAAAAACUGAGAUGAAAAUUGCUAUUUUUCUCUAUCAAACUUUCCUUCUAACGUUUCUAGGAUGGAGAUCUGUCAACCAACAACAGAGACUUGUUUUCUAAUUUUCCGUGCUAAUUUUCUAGAGCUCACUUUUCAAAACUCAUUGAAGGCCAAGAGAAAACAUUUUAUUCGAAUAAAAAUGAGAUGAAAAACUUGGUUUUCUGCUUCAGCACACCAACGGCUUCGGGCUUUCAUCACCCAUGCCGGCUACAAUGGAAUAAUGGAGGCAGCACGUGCCGGAGUUCCGCUCAUAACAGUCCCUUUCAUGUUCGACCAGCCGAGGUGAGGCUCUUCGACGAGUCUCACUAUUCCUGUUUCAGAAACGGAAGAGCCGUCCAACGCGCCGGCUGGGGUGUUCUGCGCAACAAACGACAGUUCGUGCACGACCCAGAGGCCAUCGAGUCCGCUAUUCGCGAGAUCCUGACUGACACCAGGUGAUACAGCGGUGCAAGAAGAUCCUCACGAUGGCUUAAGGUACACGGAGAAGGCGCGGCGGUUGCAGAAGUUGAUCCGGUCAAAGCCAACAACUCCAAGCCAAAGACUCAUCCAAACCACAGAGUGGGUGCUGAAAAACGGAGGCGUCAAGGAGCUUCUCAGCGACGGCCGUGGGCUUUGCACCUUUUUCUACUAUAAUCUCGACGUUUUCAUCGUAUUUUUCUCGCUUUUAAUAUUUUUUGUUUCUGUCCCCCUAUAUUUUUUCAUACGAUUUUUUGUGAGAAUGAUUCGCUCAACACGUCCUGAGAAAUUGAGGAAGCCACACAGCUAUUCACAUUAUAGAAAAAUCAAGUCUACUUAAAAACAUUGACCAACUUUGAGAAUAAAAAUAUGUUCGUUCGUUUGAAGUUGCAGUGACCAAAAAACCGCAUAAACCUAAAGAGAUAAAUUAGGCCUGAAAAGAUUGAUCAGAAAACAGGAGACAAUAAUAUAAUUCAGAAUAUUCAUAAAUAGAAAAAAGCCGAAACGAAUUCAAAAUAAGCGUCUUCCGUUCAAAUACCAAGCGAAAACAGAACAAGGAAGCUAGCGCCUUGGAACCUUUAAAAAAAUGCUAAUUUGUGUGCAACGACGAUUUUUGAAGACGUCUUUCAAUUUUUUUAAAAAAAGAAUUUUUACUCGACUACUUAAUAACAAAACAUAAUAAAAGGUAUACAACGUACUAUUUUGGCAGAAGUGAGAUAUUGAGGCGAAAGGCUUCAAGUUUGUACGGAAUAUGAAAGAAAAACAGAUUAAAUUUAAAAAAAAAUCCCGUAGAGUGAAUUUAAGAGAUCAGAAAAUCCGUCAACGACUAG